CUUGUUUGAGUCACACUAUACUCCACCCCAAAACUAACAAAACAAAAUCACAGUUUCCCACCAUCUUACAAAUUUCCCUCGCUCACCCCUUCCCUUCCAACCAAUCUCUCUCUCCCUCUUCGUUCUGACUUUCAUCACAAUGUCCACUUUCGGUGCCGCAAACACAAAUCCAAACAAAUCGCACGAGGUAGCACAACCACCUUCCGAUUCUGUUUCAAGUCUUUGUUUCAGUCCCAAAGCCAAUUUCCUCGUCGCUACUUCAUGGGACAACCAGGUUAGGUGUUGGGAGAUUUCAAAGAAUGGAAAUGUUGUCAACACUACGCCCAAGGCUUCAAUUUCUCAUGACCAACCAGUUUUGUGCUCUGCUUGGAAGGAUGAUGGAACAACAGUUUUCUCUGGAGGCUGUGACAAGCAGGUCAAGAUGUGGCCGCUUUUGUCGGGUGGACAACCAGUGACUGUUGCCAUGCAUGAUGCUCCUAUUAAAGAUCUUGCGUGGAUACCGGAAAUUAGCCUUUUAGCCACCGGAAGUUGGGACAAAACCGUGAAGUAUUGGGAUACUAGGCAGUCCAAUCCAGUGCACACUCAACAACUCCCUGAUCGCUGUUAUGCAAUUUCAGUGAAGCAUCCUCUGAUGGUUGUGGGGACUGCUGAUAGAAAUCUUGUUGUCUUCAACUUGCAGAAUCCUCAGACUGAGUACAAAAGAAUUGUAUCUCCCCUGAAGUAUCAGACAAGAUGUGUUGCUGCUUUUCCAGAUCAGCAAGGUUUUCUGGUUGGUUCAAUAGAAGGAAGGGUUGGAGUACAUCACCUGGAUGAUGCACAACAAAGCAAGAAUUUUACUUUUAAAUGCCAUAGAGAAAAUAAUGAGAUAUAUUCAGUGAAUUCCUUAAAUUUCCAUCCGGUACAUCACACUUUUGCAACUGCAGGAUCUGAUGGUGCUUUUAACUUUUGGGAUAAGGACAGUAAACAGAGACUCAAGGCUAUGUCAAGGUGUAGUCAGCCCAUACCUUGCAGUGCAUUCAAUAAUGAUGGUUCCAUAUAUGCUUAUGCGGUUUGUUAUGAUUGGAGCAAAGGAGCAGAAAAUCACAAUCCAGCUACAGCAAAGACCAACAUUUUUUUGCACUUACCUCAGGAAUCUGAGGUUAAAGGUAAGCCACGAACCGGAGCAACGGGUAGAAAGUGAGGCUUGGUGUUAAACGUUGUUUUAGUGCUCGUACAAAGGCUUGGAAACUUGAAUUCUCAGAUCAGUAAUUGAAUGUUUUGGUGCCACAGCUGAAAUGAUGAGAUUGCAACUUGGUACUUUGGUUUUUCAUCUAAGACUUUCUUUCUUGGUUUUGCCCAUUUUCCAUUCUGUGGGGGUGUACUUUUAUCAUGAUUCAGGGUUAUAGGCUGCUACUCUUUUAUCACAUGUACAGAUUCAAAAUUAUGCUGAUAUCUUUCACAAUCAUGGUGGAUGGAUUCCUUCUUCCUUUCGAACACCAGCAAUUUAGGAGGCUUGCCUCAUCAUUUCUUGAUCCGAAUGUCAUCAUCAUAUGCUGUAAUAAUGAUAUCUUAUCGUGUUUAAGUUUUUGGGUCAUCCUGAUUGCUAAGAAUGAAUCGAAUAAAAGUUUAGUU